UUUUCUCAGCUGAAAAAUUGAAUUAGUAUUAAUAAUAAUAACAAUAAUCAAUUUUAGAAAGGAAGAACACAGGCAACACAAUACACGUACUCUUUCUCUCUCACGCUUUUCCUUUUUCUUUUUUUCCUCUCUCUACAUUCAAUCUUCCGAUCUCAGGAAGAGAAUACCAAAUCCUCUUUCAACGUUACAACAAUUUCCCAAAUUUGUUUUAAAUUUAUUCCAUUCGAUUGAUUAAUUGAUUCAUACAACAAAAAAAUCAAUAGAUACAUACCUUAACAUAUCCAGAUUCAUUGCACGCACAUUCAUACACACACAUUUGUGUAGUUUUGUGGGAGUUUGGGUGCAGAGCUGAAAUUUUGAUAAUAUCCAAAUGCAUUGGUCUCGGAAGAGACCAGUUUCGAUAUCAUUUGAUUGCUGUGUUGUUGGAUCUGAUGGUGAGAAAAAGAAUUUUUUAUUUAGAUUGUUUAAGAAUUUCCAAAGAGAAUAAUAUUAAAAAUAUUAAUCCAACAAGCCCUAGGGGGGGUGGAGUUGUGGUGGAUUGGAAUUGGGAUUGGGUAGUGAGGGGUGCAGAGAAAGUUACGGUGGAGAAGCAGGGAGGGAGGAAGAGAUGCAGCUGCACUUCUCACCUAGUAUGAGAAGUAUAACAAUAUCGAGCAGCAGCAAUAGUGGAAAUGGAGGGUAUGUUGGGGAUUUGAUGAAGAUCAAGGUCGCAGCUCGCCACUUCUCCUACCGAACACUUUUUCAUACCAUUCUUAUCUUAGAUUUCUUGUUGCCCUUUGUCUUCAUUCUCACUGCUCUUGUUACCCUUGAAGGUGUCAACAAGUGCUCCUCUUUUGAUUGUUUAGGUAGACGAUUAGGACCAAAGCUUCUUGGACGAACUGAUGAUUCAGGGAGGCUGGUCAAGGAUUUUGUUAAGAUCCUCAAUCAAGUGAACUCUGAGGAAGUGCCUACUGGCUUGAAGCUCCCAGAGUCAUUUAAUCAACUUGUUGUUGAAAUGAAAAACAACAAGUACAGCGCAAAAGAAUUUGCUUUGAUGCUAAAGGGAAUGAUGGAGAAAUCUGAAAAGGAUAUUAAGGAAUCAAAAUUUGCAGAGCUGAUGAAUAAACACUUUGCUGCAAGUGCAAUUCCUAAAGGCAUUCACUGUCUUUCACUGCGGUUGACUGAUGAGUACUCCUCAAAUGCUCAUGCACGCAGACAGUUGCCGUCACCAGAGCUACUCCCUCUGCUAUCUGACAAUUCAUUGCAUCACCUUGUAGUGUCCACUGAUAACAUCUUGGCUGCCUCAGUUGUUGUCAAUUCUGCUCUGCAGUCAUCUCUGAAGCCUGAAAAGAUUGUUUUCCAUGUUAUCACUGAUAAGAAAACAUAUGCUGGCAUGCACUCAUGGUUUGCUUUGAAUCCUGUCACUCCUGCUCUUGUGGAGGUUAAAGGUGUUCAUCAGUUUGACUGGUUGACAAGAGAAAAUGUUCCAGUGCUUGAAGCAGUUGAGAGCCAUCAUGGUAUUCGGAAAUACUACCAUGGAAAUCAUGUUACGGGUGCCAAUCUCAGUGACACAACUCCGCGGUCUUUUGCCUCCAAAUUGCAGUCUCGAAGUCCAAAGUAUAUAUCUUUGCUCAAUCAUCUUCGCAUAUAUUUGCCAGAGCUCUUCCCAAACCUUGACAAAGUGGUUUUCUUAGAUGAUGAUGUUGUAAUUCAGCGAGAUUUAUCUCCCUUGUGGGACAUUGACCUUCAUGGUAAGGUCAACGGAGCAGUUGAGACUUGUAAAGGUGAAGAUAAGUGGGUGAUGUCUAAGCGAUUCAGAAAUUACUUCAAUUUUUCUCAUCCUCUAAUAGCAAAGCAUUUGAACCCGGAUGACUGUGCAUGGGCUUAUGGGAUGAAUAUCUUCGAUUUGCGUGCAUGGAGAAAGAAGAACAUCACGGAUACUUAUCAUGCAUGGCUUAAAGAGAAUCUGAAGUCAAACUUGACAAUGUGGAAGCUUGGAACGCUACCUCCUGCUUUGAUUGCAUUCAAGGGUCAUGUUCACCCAAUUGAACUCUCGUGGCACAUGCUUGGCUUGGGCUAUCAGAAGAAGACCAAUGUCAAUAAUGUGAAGAAGGCUGCCGUAAUCCAUUACAAUGGCCAGGCUAAACCUUGGCUUGAGAUAGGCUUUGAGCAUCUCCGUCCUUUUUGGACCAAGUUCGUUAACAGCUCCAACGAUUUUAUCAGGAAUUGCCACAUAUUGGAGUAGUCAAUGGUUUCAAGGACAACACAGGAGAAUUUUAAAAGCCACAGGCUUUGCAAACUUUCUUUGGUGCUAGGGAACUUCAAAUCCAGAUGACAAGGAGAUUCUGACACUUGGCUAAUUGCCCGGAUAUAUUCAGGUUUUCAGAUUUGCUGCUUUGAGUCCUACAAAAGAGAACUUGCAUCUCUAGCAUGGGCAUGAGAUUCAUUCUUUCAGUCUGUAAAAUAGAAGUUGGUCGCCUAAUAAUAUUGGUUGGACAAAGGACAGUAUUUUUGGCCUCUUAUCUGGGGUGUAGCCUACCCUUUAUUAUAUUAUAGCUUAAGAGGCAAUGACGGGGCGUCCAGGAAAAUGCUUAUUAUUGCCAUCAGUGAUGCAUGUUGGUGCAUUGGAAGAAGAAAAGCUAGGCGCUGACCCUGUUUAGAGGCUCCCGCAUUGCCCCCAUUUAGCCAUAGAGAUGAUUCUUUUAACCUAUAAAUUUCAUUUUCCCUUGUUAGUUUUGCUGUCAUUACUCCACGUUUCUACCGUUUUCUUGAUUCAAUCAUCUUGGUCAUAUUAGACUGUAGGCUAUGGAAAUUUGGUUCAUAUAGUUGGGAAACUCCCUUGGUUAUUAUUUAUGUACUUGUUUUGUAUGAUUCAUGAAUCAUGAUAUACAAUUGAUAUGUGCAGAUUCUUUUUAAGAAAA